GCCUAUGAGAACUUCCGGUGCACAAUUUUGAAUCUUCGUUGUUCGCUUUCGGUUGCUAUACGAGGUUUGGGCCCAAAGCAAAUGUACUGACCAUAAUCUUCAAAGAGAGAAAGGGACCAUGGAUGACGAUAAUCACAGAUUAUUUCAAAGAGUUGCAGAGAAACUGGGCUGGUCAGAGAAGGGAGGAUUGGAAACCGCAGAGAAACAGCUGAUUAAGAGCAUCAGUAAGACUCGGCGCCUGGCCACAGGCUGUCAUGGCUCCAGGGGUGCUCAAAACCUUCCUCCCCCAGUCCAGCUACACCUGCUAGACAGUGAGGAAGAGGAUGACAGGGGCUCAGGGAAAGAGAACCAGGUCUCCAAGGGCAACAGUUACAGGACCAAGGUGUUCAUGGAGUCCAGUGACGAUGAUUUCGACCAGUUUCUUGUGGAGCAGGCUACACCCAAAACGGCUUCUCGGAAACAUUGCAGUGCUGCUAAGAAAGUCAGUGAAUCAGUCCUUGUAUUAAGCUCAGACAGUGAUGACCACUUUGAAAACUUCCUGAGCCGUGUGAAAACUCCCAAGCCUAAGCCCAAGGAAGCGGAGCGUGGCAGUGUAGACAGCAUCAGAAACUUCAUUGUCGACAGCUUUUCCUCCGAUGAUGACUUUGUCGUUGAGAGGAAGAAAAAACCUACCUCUAAAGGUGCCUUUAAGACCCCUAAGUCGUCAUCCUUCCAGACCCCAGUCAGAAGACCCCUGUCCCAGUGUGACACUCCAGUUUUCCUCAGCGACAGUGAAGAAGAUGAUGGUAUUGUGAUGAAGAGCACGUGGAGGACAUGCCACCCUGUGCACCGGCCGCCGCCGCCGCCACAGACCCACAAAGUCAAAGUCCUACAAAGUAACCAGAAGGACAAAAUCUUCUUUCCCUCUCCCAGCCCUCCUCCUCUGCCUUUCCUCUCUCCCUCCCCUCCUCCUCUGCCUUUCCUCUCUCCCUCCCCUCCUCCUCUGCCUUUCCUCUCUCCCAGCUCUCCUCCUCUGCCUUUCCUCUCUCCCAGCUCUCCUCCUCUCCGCUCCUCCUUCACCCCCUCCCUGACCCCCGUUCCACAGCGGAACUACUCAGCCCCGUCGAAGGUGGAGGACUCAGCCAGCUCAGAGGAAGAGUUCCUCAGCUUACUGGACAGAAUUAAGAAGAACCACAAGACCGGCAACACCCCAACACCUAAACACAAUACGGGGCCCAAUCAGAAGCCCCCCCUGUCAGCUCCACGGCAAAAAGCCUCGAAAGAGGUGUGCCCUCGGCCGUUAGUGAGAACGCCCUUGGAUCUGAAGACCCCGGUGCGGCCGCCCGUCACUAAACCCACUGUGUCCCAGCCGGAAUCAAGACUCAAGACCAGCAGCCUUUCCUCCUACAGUGUAUCAGCAGCAGGGUGUCAGACUCCGGGAUGUUUCCUCCAGUCUCUGUCUGGACCAGGCUCCAUCUACAGCCGCAACUUCAAACAGACCAAGGAGGAGCUCACCACCAAACUUUACCACCUGUACAACACCAGCGUGUUCAACAACAAGCUGCCCAGUAAUAUGUCAGUGAGCUGGAAUAACAAGAUGAGAAAGACUGCUGGCUACUGCAUCACAGGCCAGGAGAGAGGAGGAGGGAACCGAUACGCCCGUAUCCAGCUCUCUGAGAAAGUCUGUGACUCUGCAGACCGUCUGCGUGACACGUUAGUCCAUGAGAUGUGCCACGCUGCCACCUGGUUGAUCAACAGUGUGAGGGAUGGGCACGGCCCCUUCUGGAAGCUGUACGCCCGCAAGGCCACGCUGGCACACCCCGAGCUGCCCGUGGUCACCCGCUGCCACAGCUACGACAUUAACUACAAGUACCAGUACCAGUGCAGCCGCUGCAAAAACACACUCGGUCGUCACUCUAAGUCUCUGGACACCCAGAGGUUUGUGUGUGCCCUCUGUACGGGUCCGCUGGUCCUGCUCACCCCCGCCAAGCCCCGGGCGCCCACGCCCUUCGCCAACUUUGUCAAGGAGAACUAUGGCAGUGUUCGCCAAAACCUGGUGGGUCAGAGCCACGGUGAGGUAAUGAGGAAACUCAGUGUUGACUUCGCCACCAAGGCCAAACUCAGCCAGAACUGAGAGGGAGAGAGAGCGUGGGAAAGAGAUGAGGUGGAAUCAUUCUAACCUGGAUUCGACCUACAUUACUCUCGUCUCCUGGACUAUAAAGCACUCUUGAUAAAGCACUCUUGAUAACUCUUGAUAAAGCACUCUUGAUAACUCUUGAUAAAGCACUCUUGUUCAGUAGUAUCUGUAAAAUCCUCUCUGAACAUGCCUUCUAUUCAUUCCUUGAAGGUUUCCACUGCUCUGAGUUGAAGCAAUGGUGGGAUCCUUCUCUUUCAUCCAUCCUAAUGUCUUAGAUUAGUGGGAUCCUUCUCUUUCAUCCAUCCUAAUGUCUUAGAUUAGUGGGAUCCUUCUCUUUCAUCCAUCCUAAUGUCUUAGAUUAGUGGGAUCCUUCUCUUUCAUCCAUCCUAAUGUCUUAGAUUAGUGGGAUCCUUCUCUUUCAUCCAUCCUAAUGUCUUAGAUUAGUGGGAUCCUUCUCUUUCAUCCAUCCUAAUGUCUUAGAUUAGUGGGAUCCUUCUCUUUCAUCCAUCCUAAUGUCUUAGAUUAGUGGGAUCCUUCUCUUUCAUCCAUCCUAAUGUCUUAGAUUAGUGGGAUCCUUCUCUUUCAUCCAUCCUAAUGUCUUAGAUUAGUGGGAUCCUUCUCUUUCAUCCAUCCUAAUGUCUUAGAUUAGUGGGAUCCUUCUCUUUCAUCCAUCCUAAUGUCUUAAAUACCUCUGUGUAUGUAUCAGGUUUUCAGAGGCAGCUAGGGUGAGUCUGUCAUUCCUUACCUCUGUAGCUGGAGUCUCACCGUUACAGUGAAAUGAGCCAAAAGACACACUGAACAGUGACUAAAGUUAACGUGAAUCAGUCAUAUUGUUGUCUAGCCUGCCUGUGACAUGGAUUCAUACCCUUCAAGUAUCAUUUUGUGACCAACUGCUUUUGAAUUAUUUGGAAUAUGAAUCAGAAAAUAGUUCCAUGAAGUUUCAUACGGUGCAUAAAAGGCAGAUCUGGCAACUUCACAUACAAUGUAUGUUACAUUUUGAAUGUUUGUCUUAAUGUUUUUUUUUUCCCGUGUUUUGUUUUUGAAUAAAGAUUUGAUGUUUUACA